GAGACCAGAGGCGGUGGCUCUAAAAAUGUCCCUUUUUUAUUCGUCAUCAAUAACUCGGCUUCAUGCAGUUAAAGGGGAGGCUCUCCAAUUUACUGCUAUGGUUCGAUCGAGGGCCUCGACGUAAUCCGAUUCGCCUUUUGAAUGACUCAAUCAUAUAUUCUUCAGUAGCAUUAUGACCGUGAUGAGUGACAGAGGAAGUCUAUUGACAGACACAAAAUAUUAUUAGCACAGCUAGACCGAUUAAUGAGCAACAAUUUGUCAUUCUGACAUCUCUCAUGUCAUUAACUCACCCUACCAAGUGAACUGUGCUUUAGUACUGCCAAUAUGAGACAAGUGUCGUGGACUUUCGUGCUGGUUUUGUCAUCAUGCAUUAGCUUUGCUUUUUGUAAAGUAUGCUACGGUGAUCUGGGUUGUUUCAACCGUGUAUAUUUUACCUGUCACUAUCGUCACCCUGAAUCACCGGCAAAGAUCGGGACGACAUUCAAACUCUUUACCCGCUCGACGACCAGCGACGUAGGAGAAUCGAUAGAGAGGUCGUCUUCAACGAUUUCGACGUCGACAUUCGAUGCGAGGAGGAGAACGAAGAUACUUAUACAUGGCUGGAAGGGGAGUAUGAAAGGAUAUAGGUGGAUUCAUAUGAAAAACGCUCUGUUAUUAAGGGAAGACGUCAAUGUGAUCAUGGUUGACUGGUCGUUGGGUGCCAGGAGACGGUAUCCGACAUCGAGGGCCAACUCCCGCGUGGUCGGCCGCAUGGUCGCCAAACUUAUCGAAGCUCUCAUUGUACACGGCGGGGCGCUCUAUGCCGAUAUACACAUUAUCGGUCACAGUCUAGGCGCCCAUAUUGGGGGCUAUGCAGGAGCUACUACGUCUAAAAGAAUUGGACGAAUAUCAGGUUUGGAUCCUGCCGGUCCAGGAUUUGGCGGGAAGCGUGUGAGGAACUUCUGUCGUCUGGACAAAUCAGAUGCAAGGUUUGUUGACGUCAUACACACAGACGGUGAAUUGAUCGCAAUGGGAGGACUUGGGCUCAUGGAUGAGCUUGGUCAUCAGGAUUUUUACCCUAACGGAGGAACAGACAUGCCUAACUGUUAUUUCAGCAUUCUUUGUGAUCACAUGAAAGCAAUAGAUUACUAUACAGAGAGUAUCUCCAACAAGACCUCAUGUAGGUUCAGACCAACUACCUGUGCGCCAAAAUGGGACGACUAUAAAAACGAUAGACGAACUCGCGAUUGCAGUGAUUCAGACAUGGAUUGUCCUGAUAUGGGGUACACUGCCAGUCCAGAUGACGUUGAGGGCGUAUUUUAUCUGAAAACAAAUAAGUAUUCGCCUUUUUGUCGCGGGUGAUUAUGCUGUAACGUCGUGAAACCAUGGGCGGAAAUCUCUCCUUGUAGGUAAUGGGGACACAUUUGAGUUUUCCGUUUUGAUGUUCUACAGAAUAACUAACUCAAACACACACACACAUACAUACAUAUAUAUACAUAUAUAUAUAUUUCGAAGAGGGGAGGUAUUCCUAACUAAAGAUGAAAGGCCUCAAUAAAUAAUGCGAGCGCGAAGCGCGAGCCCAAAUAUGUUGAUAUUUCAUAAAUUGUGACCUGGAAAUUGAACAUUCUGAACAUUUUUGUGAUCAUGAACUAGAUUCGAACCUACCUAAACCAUUAAUGCAAGCGCGAAGCGCGAGCUGAAAGUUUUUGAUUUUCCAACCUAAAAACUAGACAUUCGUAACACUUUUUUAAAUUAUGAACAGAAUAGGAAUUCAACUAAAUAAUAGAUGCGAGCGCGAGCUGAAAGUUUUUUAUUUUACUAGACAUACACUUUAAAAAGAAUGUAAACAGGAUAUUAAUCUAAACAAUUAAUGCGAGCGUGAAGCACGAGCUGAAAGUUUUUAUUUUUCAACCUAAAAACUGGACAUUCUUAGCACUUUUUCAAAUCAUGAACAGAAUAGGAAAAUAACUAAAUAAUAGGGGCGAGCGCGAGCUGAAAUUUUUUGAUUUUCCAACCUUAAUACUGGACAUUUAUAGCACUUUAAAAAUAAAUUAUGAACAGGAUAGGAAUCUUAACAAUUAAUGCGGGCACGAAGCGCGAGCUGAAAGUUUGUAUUUUCCAACUUAAAAACAGGACAAUCGUAACACUUUUUCAAAUCAUGAACAGGAUAGGAAUUUUACUAAACAAUCAUAGAUUAUAGCGCGAAGUGUGUGUUGAAGAUAUGUAAUUUCCGGCCUAAAAAUUGGUAUUAUUUGCAUAUUUUAAAAUCAAGGACAGGGUAGCUAUCUAACUAACUUAUAAUUAAUGUGAGCGCGAAGCGUAUCCUGAUUUUUUUUAGUUUCCGACCAAAAAAAGUCAUCUUCUUUUCACCUUAUACAUGUAGCAAUAAACAGGAUAGUAUCUGACUCAACCAUAUUACUGAUGCGAGCGCGAAGCGCGAAAUGAUUUUUUUUAUAUUCAGAUCUGAAAACUGGAUCUUUCAAGCACUUUUAAAACAAAAAACAAGCAGUUUAUCUCAAUAAGCAAUGCGAGCGCAAAGCGCGAGCUAUUUUUUUUUUAGAUUUAAACCUAUACAAAUAAUGAAAAAGAUGGAUAUCUUCCUUAGUAAAUGAUUUGAUUUUAUAUAAUUUAUUUCGAUCUAAAAAGUGAGAAAAAAAAUUAAGCACGUUUUCAAAUAAAGAGAUGGCUGUGUAUUAAUGCAAAGCGCAGGCGAAUUUUUUAUUUUUAUAAUAUGAUCUAAAAGUUUUCUUUUUUUUCCAAUUAUUCCCCCCCCCCUUCCAUCAUUUAAUUUUCUUCCUCGUCCUACCUUUCUUUUUAGUUUUCUCCUCACCUUCCUAUUUUGCGCCGUCAAUAGGGGGCGGGCCGCCGCUUCGCUUCCUUGAUCUACCUAUGAUGAACCCUCCCACGGCAGGAAUUUUGUGUAAAAAUGGAAUAUAAAAGUCUCGUUAAUAGAGUAUUUAAAAACAAAUUUUGGGGGAUUAAAUAUAGUUAAAGUUCACUGCGAAGGAUUAUUCAUAACUCAUGAAAACUAUUCUUUUUACUGAGUACAAGAACAAUGAAAAUAUUCUUAUAUUCCAAGUAAAUUUGGAAUAAAGGGAAAAUGAAUUGGUUUAACAAACAAGGUAUGUUUUUACGGGGUAUGGAACUUUCUCGUCUACCAUCUAUAUGCACUAAAUUUACUUCUAAGUAUCCAGAGGCGAUUUUCUUUUUUCGUAAUUUUUAUUAGUUCUGAAAUUUACAAUGGCCAUCGAUGUCAUCAAUGUCAUCACUCUUUGGCUGGCAUAUAGGGCUAGAUGCGAGUUCGAGAAUAGUUGGGCCGGUAUGCCUUUUUUUUUCCUAUCCAAGUUCUUAACAAAAACUAUCUGUUUAUAUAUAUUUCGAAAUUCGAGGAUACAUGUGUAUAUAUUUCGAUUUUGAAUUAUGUAUUUUUUUCAUAAUAAAAAACCACAAAUAGUAGGGGGGACAUUUGAUAUUAUGUCCCCCCCCCCCCCCCUUUCCAAAAUGGUAGGGGGUACGCGUCCCCCUGGGAUUUCCGCCCAUGCGUGAAACGACUAAUUAUUUAAAAUAAGAAGUACAUUGAGGAUUACACAGUUCAUAUUGUAAGAUUUGUUUAACUUUGUACUGGCAGGGCCCUGGGAACGAUUUUUUGAGUGGGGUGCUGAAAUAAAUUUGAAGAGCAAAAAAGGCGGUUUUCACUACAAAACGGAGAUCAAAUUGGUCCCGAGAAAGUUAAAAAGCAUGCAUAAAGAAAAAGAAAAAAAGGUAAAAGGUUUCACCAUGAAAUGAAGGUCGUUUUGGUUACAUUUUUUAAAUACAUUUUUACACUUCUUCCAAAAUUCCUGGGGGUGCUGUCUACGGAGAAUAAUACAUGCUGCAUCCCAGGGUAAUUUUGAGGGGGUGCUUCAUGUACCCCCCAGCACCGUCCCAGGGCCAUAUGUACAGGGUGGCGCUAUAAGUUAUAAACAACCUUUAAAUGUUUUCUGUAUGUAAAUUGGGGUGAUAUUAACUUAUUUGUAAUACAUCGCAAAUCCAAAUUUGCAAUUAAAUGAUUAUAAUCCACUGAGGACCACAAUUUACUUGCUGUUAAUUCAUGAUUUGCAAUGCCUUCACAGAGCCAAUAUAAUGUGACAUAUAAGUACAAACGAUUCCUAAAACUGUAAUUGUGAUACAUGCAUUAUGAAAAUGAGUCAUUUGAAUUAUACUUUAAAAUUGAAAAUUUCAUUAAAUCGUCUUUUACAUUAUUAGAAAUAAAAGACAAUAUUUUACUUUGUCCCAAAAUGAUCAAUAAAUGAACAU